GGGUUCACCUUCCUACUUAAUUUUACAACGAUUAAACGUUGUCGUACUGAGACAUGUAAACGGCAGCGGUUAAGGCCGUUUCGUACGACUCAUCUUCGCCACCGGCUAUAUAUAUAUAAUCAUAAAUCCUCUGGAUCUUGGAUCGAAAAUAAAGAAUGGAGAACAAACCAAAAAUGAAUUUGGUGCUGCUGACAGAGGAACCAUUGAAGAACAUCUGGGCUCGAUUUUCAUUAAGAAGCAUCGCUAGAUUCAGAUCAGUCUGCAAAGGAUGGAAAUUGUUAAUCGAUUCUGACAUCUUCCGAGAUCACUAUUUGUCUCUCAACUCUUCCUCAUCCUCAGUGUCGUGGUCAAUCAUGAACAAUAAGAACAAAACAGAAAUCGUCGGGCACUAUCGAUGCAAGAGAUGGGGAAUUACCAAAUCCUUAGGAUCUUUCAUCACACGUUACAAUCCCGAAACCACAGUGAGAAAAACUAGUGUCUUGUGCUGCACGGAUGGAUUGGUAUUGCUUUACACCGAAACUAUGGAAGGAGCACCAAUGUAUCAUGUCGGAAACCCGAUGUUGCGACAAUGGGUUCGAAUCCCUUUUCCUCCACAUCUCUCGGACUAUGAUCUCGUGAGGCUACAGGGGAAUCGGUAUUUUAACGACAAUGGACUGGUCACAAAGAUGGAAAAGGGUAUUGCCGUGGGGUACACGGUAGUCUGGACUUUGGUCUCAUGUGGAGUAUCUAAAGAACUCACCUUUAUGAUAUAUUCCUCUGAAACAGGAUUGUGGAUAACCAAAAAGGUUAGUUGUCGCCGUAGCUUGAUCUGGUCUAGACUAGCGCAUACGGUUCCUUUAAACGGGAUUCUUCACUGGCUUGCUACGAUUGAUAACUCCUCUUUAGAUGCAAAUUAUGUUGUAGCUUAUGAUUUCUAUAAUGGAGGAGGUGAUGAGUGUCCUAUCAUACCCUUUCCUGAUAUCCACCAAUUUCAAGGGACUCGGCGUUUCAAGAGAACACUAACAACGUCUGCUGGAUUCGUGGUCUAUUGCAACGUUUACAGUGAUAGUAAUGGAGGAGAACGUGCAAUCAGGGUUUGGAGGCUGGUGUCUACGAAUGAGAAUCUUAAUUCAUGGCAACUCUCAUGGAAAGUCAAUACCAAGGGUGACGUUGAUUAUUUCCCUGUGGUCAUGCAUCCUAUAAAUUUUGAUGUCAUUUACCUGUGGAGUUGGAACAAGAACGCCCUCGUCUUGUUUAAUUUGAGGACACAAAAGUAUAGACUUCACAGAGAGGCAAAGAAGAGCAAGUCUAUGGAUGGUUGCAUCUUGACAUUCAGCAACUGCAAGGAGUAUAUGGACUUGAUCUAUCCCAGUUUCGUCAAUAGUAUGUUCCAUGGUUCUCACUAUCUCUUCUUUUCACAGUACGUGCUCCCACGUUGGCUAAACCCGCUACCUCGGCUUUCUUCUUGAUUAUGCAUGUUUAUAAUUUGCUUCUUAGUGUUUUUCUUUCUUUAUGAUACAAGUAUGCAUUGAGAGAAACCAUAUUUAUUAGGGUUUCUAUUGCUCUUUUGUCCACCUAAUUGGUCAACUUCUCUCAUAUUAAUGUGUUCAUGCUGCAUCAAAGAGCAAAGAUUGUGUGGAAUUUGACCAUUUAGUUACCAUCUGAGUCUAUAGAAG